AUGGGUGCCAGUGUAUCAAAGGACACCAAUCGAACAGCACAACAAACCAUAGAAGAAUCCGUUGACUAUGGUACAACACUUCCUAACGGCAUAUACUCGGCUACACAACAGGACUUCAACUUGCGCAUUGUAAGAAAUCUCAUUGUUGAAAGGAAGUUGGCGCCAUUCUACAAAGGCCUUUCAGACUUACCAGAGCAACCCAAUGAACCGAUCAGUAUACCGUCACCUCCACCCACGACUGCCACAACGUCCACGAGCAAAGUGCGUUCACGAUCGACUUCGACGAGCUACAGUAACAAUGGUACCACAAUCCAAGGACAAGAUAUCAAAAAGGCUUUAUAUAAGGAUGCUGUGGAAUGCCCUAUAUGCUUUCUGUACUAUCCCGCGAAUAUCAACCAUGCCCGAUGUUGUGAUCAACCCGUUUGCACCGAAUGCUUCCUUCAAAUCAAGCGUCCUGUUGAUACACCUUCUUCUCCUGCAACAUGUCCUUUUUGUAUGGUGGAUCAUUUUGGUGUUGUUUACAAACCCCCUACAUGGAAGGAUUCUCGCUCCAACAACAAUAGCCCAGGUCGUUCCAAAGUCAGUCCCACUACACAAGCACGAUCCAAUGCAUCCUCAGCUACAGCUACAGCUACAGCAGUGAUUGAUGGGGCUGAGCCUCCAAGACGCAAAAACGUUAGCCACGAUAGCCCAGAUGUUGUACUUGUAGAUCAUGUACGACCUGAUUGGAAAAAUCCAAAGCCUACCGAUUCGUCCUCAUCCUCUUCGCCAGUGCCUCCACGUCGUAAUUCAGAUGGCAGACCAGCAUUCUUUCGUAAUAGGCGAGGAAUACUUACUCGACCCAAUCGGUCACAAUCAGCAGCCACACCAUUACAUCACACAACAACAGCAACAACACAAUCCCAACAUCCACAACAACAACAUCAUCAGCCGCGUACUUCGUUUUAUGGCAUGGACUUUGAUAUUGAAGAGUAUAUGAUUAUGGAAGCGAUUCGGCUGUCAUUGCAGGAUCAGGAAGCGGUACGUGCAAGAAAUGCCGCUCAAGGUAACACAAACGAAAGCAAUGGUGGUGUAACAUCAUCAUCAUCGGAAGACAAUCCGGCAACCACCACCACAACAACAGGAACAACAACCCCAGCAAGCGAUGCCAGCAACAACAACAGCACGACCAGGUAG